AAGGCCAAGUGACAGCGGCUGUCAAUCGACUAGAACGUGCUGCUCUGGGCGGUAUGAGUAAUCGGUGUCGGGGUUUCUAGUUUUCGGGCAGAUUUACAGGUUUCGAACGGGUUUUUGGCGAUAAAUUUGUUUAUUUCGUUCUAGAAAAUUAAAAUCUUGAAUAGUUUUGUGUGUUUUAACUCAGCAAAAUGGAACCCAACUACGAUGAAGACACCGAAUGGAAUGACGUCCUUCGCGCCAAAGGCAUCAUCCCGCCCAAGAAAAAAGAAGCCGAAAUCUCCGAAGAUCAAAUUGUCUCAAUGAUUGAAAAUGCCAUCGAAGAGAAAACAAAUGGUGUUCCACGAGAGAAACAACUUGGAGACAUGACCCUAGACGAGCUCGACGAACUAGAAGACUCCGAAGACGAAGCCAUUCUCGAAGAAUACCGGCGCAAACGAAUCGCCGAAAUGCGUCUGCUUGCGGAGAAACCGCGAUUCGCUUGUGUUAGAGAAAUUUCCGGGCAGGAUUACGUCGACGAGGUGAACAACGCCGGAAAGGAAAUCUGGGUGGUGCUGCAUUUGUACGCGAAUGGAGUGCCUUUGUGCAAUAUUAUCCACCAUUACAUGAAGGAACUCGCAGUUAGAUUCCCGCAUACGAAGUUUUUGAGAUCUGUGGCUACCACGUGUAUUGCCAAUUUCCCUGAAAAGAAUUGUCCUAGCAUUUUCGUGUACUAUGAAGGGCAGAUGAAGAAACAGUUUGUCGGGCCGUUGGAAUUGCGAGGGGACAAAUUGACAGCAGAAGAAUUUGAAUAUCUUUUAGGAACGAGUGGUGCGAUAGCAACUGAUAUCAAAGAGGAUCCAAAGCGCCAGAUCCGAGAUAAGAUGUUCAGUGACUUGCAAAAUGACUAUUGAUUAUAAUUUUCUCUUAAUUAUUUAUUUGUUUUAAUUGUGUUUAGUUUUAAUAUGUACAAAACGUCAGUUUUUGUAUAAAGAAAGGCAAAGUUGAUAUAUUUUAAAGGAUUUUUAUUCAAAAAUAUAUAACGUUCAUAACAU